AGAGGUUGUAGGGUUGUUGGUGGGGCUAUUACUGGACCUGGGUGGGGAGGGGGAUGUUUCUCCAGGCUCACAGUGGAAAGAGGCUGGAAUCUGAACAGAACAAAAGAGAGGUAAUUGAGCUCUUGAGUCUGAUGUCUCAGUAAGCCAGAGACUGAGUCUGGAAACCCCAGGCCCUUGCUGCAAGAGGCUGGCAUUUCUGGCACAGGACUAGGCAAAAACAGGAAAGUAAGAUUUCUUGGGUCUUUUCCCUGUUUGACGGCAGCAACCUGGCACUAAAGAACUUUUAUCUUCCCUCAUCUGCCCUUCUUAUACACCCACCCUUCCUCACUGUCUCAUCUUUCUGGGGAAAACACCCCCACCUCAGCCCCCAGGUAAGGCACCUGCAAUGCCACCAAAAGGGCUCCUCCCAGCUUCUCACUCUGAAUGUGACUGGCUCCAGCCAAGACUCCUCCUCAGGCAGAAGGGCCUGCUUUAGGGACCCACCCCCAUCAAUUUCUCCUGAGAAGUCAGGCAGGCUAGGGCAGGAAGUGGAGAUGGGGAAAUGAAGGCAAGUUGGCGCUGGCCUGCCCUCUGCUCCCACCCCACCCACCACUCCAUCAGAAUUUGUGUGUGCUGGCAUGCUUGUGUGACUGGAUGAUUGUGGAAACACAACUGUGUGGUUGUGGGACUCUGAGUAUAACUGGGGCUGUGUGAUUCGGCCUCUGGCUGUCUGACCAUGUGAGGUUGAGCGAGUGUGACUGAGUGAGUAGCUAUGAGUGAGGACCAAGGAUCCUCUCACCGGGGAUCCUUGGCUGCCCUUACUCAGUCACUGUACUCUCAGUCCCCACAUCAUGCACGACUUCUCUCCCCAGCUUUUCUGCCCAGAGCUUAGGAGCCCAGGGGAAAUGGCAGUCCUAGAAGGGGAAGGGGUCUGUAGCAGCGGGGUCUCUGGUAAUUAGGGCCCAGGAUUGUCACAGGAUGAGCAAUACAUCUUCACCUGCCUCUGACUCACCUGGUGCCCCAGGUGAAAGGGACCCAGAUAAAAGGUAGGGGAGGAGGAGAGAGAAGGAUCCAGACUGAGCAGCAUGAAAGGGCCCUCACUCACCAGCAGCCUCCUGCUGCUACUGUUGCUCCUGAGCCCAGACCCCAGAGCAGCAUUGCUACUGCCACCUAGCGCUACCUGCUGUACUCAGCUUUACCGACAGCCACUCUCGACCAAGCUACUGAGGAAGGUCAUCCGAGUGGAACUGCAGAAGGCUGAUGGGGACUGUCACCUCCAGGCUUUCAUCCUUCACCUGUCUCAACGCAGCGUCUGCAUCCACCCCCAGAACCGCAGUCUGGCCCAGUGGUUUGAGCGCCAAGGGAGAAGGCUCCAAGGGACUCCGCCCAACCUGAAUUUGGGGCUGAUAGGGAAAAUGGGCCAGGGCCCCCAAUAGCCAAAAUAAUAAAGCAGCAUUGGAUGAUAGUCUCCGAGUGUGGUCUCCAAGUUCUGUGCACUCUCCUGUGAGCCCUGAAUCUGGAUCUGGGAGACAUGUCAAUAAACAGAAGAAUCUCCUCAUUCUCUUUAUUCACACCUUCACAACCACCGCCAGGGGCAAGGCCAAGAGCCAAGGACCCACACACAC